AUGCGCUCUCUGUGGCUGAGGCCAUUCGGCCAACACCAUGUCCCUGACCUUCCUGUGAAGAGGGAGGUGACUGCGGAACAAGAUGCAGGUUUCUUGAGCAAACUUUGGUUUGCUUGGAUCAGCCCGCUCAUGACUGUGAGACUAUGCCUAUCUAUCGGAUACCGGCGCCACCUCGAACGCAAUGAUAUCUGGACAGUGACAGACGCAAGGCUGAUGGAUACGCUCCAGCCGAGUCUUCAUGCCGCUUUUCGAAAACGAGUAUUGGCUCGCAACCGACUUCCCCUCCUAUGGGCACUCUACGAGGUCUUCAAAUUUGGCUUCUGGCUCGGCGCUGUCAGUCAGUUCGUUGUGUCGACUCCGCAGGUGAUGACGCCCUUCACGCUGCGAUUCCUUAUUGAGUGGGUUCAACAUGUCUACCCUGACGGACACGACACUCGCGGCUCCACGCCAGUAGCAGCUGGCAUAGGAUAUGUCCUCGGUAUUGCGGUUUUGCAGAUGCUUCAGACUUUCGCCUCGAGCCAGUUUUAUUAUCAGGGCAUGUUACUUAGUGGGCAGACACGCAGCGUUUUGAUAGCCAUGACGUUCAGUAAGUCACUGAGACUUUCUAAUAGGGCCAAGGCUGGAGGUCAAACAGGGAGUGACGGUUCGGGUCCAUACGAUGGUAUUCCCAGUCGGGUACAUGAGAAAGGCUGGUCCAACGGACGUGUGAUGAGCCUGGUCUCCAAUGACACCGCCCCUAGUGACAUACGCGACGAGACCGCUGGUGGCAAGCCGAAAUCGUAUCAACAUAGUCACUGA